AUGGCGCAUGUCUUUGCUAACAAGUUUAGUUUCAAUGCCAUUGCCACAACAACUUUGUCGUCAAUAACACCACAAUUACCACCUUCGUUCUCGUCCAAAACAGCUACAAGAUCAACUAUCACAUUGGACACUCAUACACCUUCUCGUUCACAUACAUCAACAUUUGUAAUUUCAACUCCACCACCUUUAGUUUUGGAAUCGAAUUCGCCAUUAAGAAUAAUGAAUUCAUCAACAAUACUAACAGUUCCCACAGCAUCACAGACAAAAAAUGCUGAAAUGCAUGAAUUAUCGAUCGUUGAUAGAAUAGAACGGUGGUGUAAUGCACAAAAAGCUGGUGUCAUAUUAACAAAUGGUGAUAAUUACAAAAUAACAAUUACAAGUCGUAAGGGUGCAAUGUCAGCAGCCGUUGCUUGCCGUUAUGGAUCAUCCAUCACACUGAAAAGACUUACUGAUACGUUUGGUGGUGGUUUUCAAUUAUCAAAAUUUUACCAGCAUAUUACUAAAACAAAAUGUCCAGUGCUCAAAGAAAAGAAACAAUAA